AAAUUUUCAUACAAUUUCAUUGUACCAAAUUUUUUAUUGCAAGUUAAAUCUCAAUUGAAAUCCAGAGUGCCUGUUUUUUUUUCAAAUUUGUUUAAAAUAGCGAUGAAAAAUCGUAAAAGGGCGAUCUACCAAUGACAUCAUCUCACUUGGCAUUAUUGGCCAAUCAUAAGUUUUGGGGUCUGCGUUUGAAUUUACAUCUGUGUGUGCAACCAACAAUACACAGUACAUUUAAGGAUUAAUUAAUAGCAAUUAAUUUGUCCAGCAAAAACCAGUGCAUUCUUGUUCGCAAAAGAAGAAAUAAGGAUAAUUAUUAUAUAAAACAAUAAUUAUUAUUAGAAAAAGUGCUUUUUUCGGAAACUAUAGCUUCCGAAACCUUGUGCAAUUAAUAAAUGUUUUCAUCUUUUAUUUCCUUACGUCCACGAAUUCACGUAACUUUGGUACAAGAUAUUAAAAAUACCGCUUUAAAGAUCUUAAUAAUCUCACUGGAAAUAAAAAAAUCACUUACCGUCACGUUAUCUUUAAAAAAUUAAAAACAAUGUGUUCAAAAAUGGUUGUAAUUGUACUUCCACUACUAUCAUCUCUGUCAAAUCUGUGAAUUAGCGUUUUACUCACUUUAAUGCAUUUUUUUGUGUUUUAUAUUUCAGUGCCGUUUCUUGUUGUGUAUUUUUUCAUUUUUAGGUUCGAAGUUUUUUUGCAUUAUUUUGACGAAUCUGUCAGUUUGGCGGCAUUCACAAUUUAAAUUCAGCGGCACAUUACAUAGGUGACUUGAUGAACAACCAUUUUUGAACAUAUUGUACAAAUUUAUUUUAGUUUUUCAAUUAAAAUAUUAAAAUAAUAUUGUAGAACAGCGUGAAUUGUGACGAUAAUCCUUUUCAAAAGGGGUAGGUUAUACGAUACAGCAUUUCAUAUGUUAUCUAGAACCUACAAUACUCGUAAUUGUAAAUGAAAUAAAUAACAUCCCUUUUAAAAAUUAUAACAUUGAAAUCACACAACAUUGAUUUAUUACUUAAAAAAUAUUGUAGCAACAUUUUCUUUGAACACCAUUAAAUUUUUAUUACCACGAUACUCAAUGAUCCUUCAAACUAAUUACUCAGGCAAGCUUAUUGUGUGAUUUAUUGCAGACAGGGUGUAGUUUUUCAGACGUACAAACGUAUAUUAAUCUUAAACACAAUUAUCUGUUGUAAAACUUUAUGGUGUACAAAGAAAACUUUGCUACAAUAUACACGAAGGUGCAUUUUUAUGGUCCAAUCGCUUAAUAACAUUUCUUGAGAAAUUAACUUUUCGCGCUUGUAAUCCUCCGCCAAAUUCAAAAAUUCAAAAAACGUCAAAUUCAAAUUCAAAACAUGUGCUUAAAAUUAGGGAUUAGGGAUUAUUUUUGCUUAACGCCGUAUUUAAUCAUAAACAUUUCGAUUUCUAAAAACGUAAAAAAGGAAAAAAAUUGGUAUGUGGUGCUACUUUUAGUGCGGAGUGUAAAAAUGGCGUCGCGCAUCCGCGUUACUCGUACGGUGAUCAAACGCAAAGCGUCCGCGAGCCGCGUCAUGCGAAACGCGGAAAAAAUAAUCGAAGCCGUCCGUGACAGGCCCUUUCUUUAUGACCAAGCAUUUCAAACAUUUAAACACAUCGGAACGAAAAACCGAAACUGGAUGGAAGUUGCGAAAAUUGUCUACGGCAGAGAGGACAAAGUUACAGUAAAUAAAGUAAAAAUCCAAUGGAAGAGUUUGCGUGACGCCUUCGUGAAACAACAGCGAAAACGGCAAAGUUCCCCAAAGCGGAAACUCCGUCCUUACAUCUACGAGAGCGAAAUGCAGUUCUUACUGCCUCACAUUUUGCUGAAAGAGCGUGACGAGGAGAGCAGUCCCCCGCUUUCGAACGUGGAAGUGAAAACGGAGGAUUGCUCGAGUUUGAGUUUAUCGGGGGAAUCCCCGGACGCGCCGCCGCUGGCGGAAGAAAGCGUCUGGGAGCAACAGCAGCAGCAACACAACGCAAAGACAACGCAUCAUCCCGUCGAUGCGUUCUUCUACGGAAUCGCCCAAACCGUGAAACAAUUAAAACCGAUGACAGUUGCGCAAAUCAAGAAAAGUGUGGCGAACAUCGUGAUGGAUGCGGAAAUCAGCGAGAUCGAGGAGGAGGGCGCAUGAAUAAGGGCCCCCUAACUGCGUAGUUGUGAUGACGUAGCAGCGGCGUCAUGCUUGGCGGGAUUCUGAGUAUGAAUGACCUGUGAAGAGCGUUGCCCCCGCCUUCGCCCCCCUCGCCCUAGCGCCCCAACAUCCGGUCCGGCCUUACACCAGCAGAUUCGGCGGCGGCGACGGCCACCACACGCGCCGCGUUGCCACAUCGCACCGUUUUCUCACAUCCAGAGGCGACAUUUCGUAUUUCCCGCCAACAGGGCCUACUUACAUUGAACGUCGCUGCGACAAUUAAGGCCGUAACGGUCGACGUAACGAACGAAUCUUCAUUUAUUUCGAAUGACAGUGCCUUAGCACUUAAUUUUUGUUAGUUUUAGCCAUAGAACAACUUGCACUUUUUGAGUGAUUUUAUUUGUUUUUUACUACUUUUAAAUGAUUCAAGAGCCUUGACUUUUAUCAUAAAUAAAAAAAAAUAGAAAAUAUAUUAAGAAAAUGUUAUAUAAUCUUGAAAUAGCUUAUGCUAUUUUUGUAGUGAUGUAUGUUAAAAUUAUUAAUGUGAAAAAUAGGAAAUUGCUGUAUGUAUAAAAAAUUUAGACAUUUUUCAAAUACUCUGUAACCACCACCACUUCAGAAUAUUUCUCUCUUUCAUAAAAAAUUAAUAACAAACGAAUAUUCUGUAUGGUGACUGUUUGAAACCAUGUGAAGAAAUUUUUAGUCCUAUAAUUUGCGAAAUUUAUGUAAUAAUAACGUCAACUUGUUUCGAGCACUAAGACUAGUGUCUGUACAUAAUAUUGGCUGCCUAUAUUUUUUUUGUAAAUCGACAAAUAAAUUAUUUCAUUUAAA